AUGGAAGUAGUCUCUGAUGGAUUAGAGGUUACCCAGCCAGGUCUCGAAAGUUUUGGUAGCACCGAGAGGCGAUAUCAGCAACAACAAUUUCUUAAUUCUAACAAACCAAGGGGUGAAGCUUAUGAAAUUGCUCCUGCGAUCCCAACAGAAACGAUAUGCGGACUACGCAAUGUGACCUUCUGGCUCUCUUUGGUUAUCGCAAUUCUGGUCGUUAUUGUGGUUGGGGUGGCCGUCGGACUAGGUGUUGGGCUAUCCCAAGGCAACAGGAACAAUAAUUAUCAAGUAGACUCUCAAGCAGCGUCCGCGACGACGAUCUCUAUUCCCACGACGACCUACAUUCCCACCACAACAUCUCGAUCCUCGACAACUUCUUCAGCUGCUGCUGCAAGUACCACAACAGUCUCUUCUCCCUGUCCUGGUGGCAACAAUACCAUUCAUUACGAAGGAACCAGAAAGUUCCGUAUCCUCUGUGACUCCGAUUUUGGUGGCAGCGGAAAGAAGGACUUGGCUUCAACGGUCAUGUCCACAUUUUAUGAUUGUCUUGGUCUAUGUAACUCCAUGAAUACGUUUCAGGAUCGAUCGGAUGUUGGGUGCACCUAUAAUCGUGAGGGGACUGGUGGCCAGACCGCCGGUACUUGUUGGUGCUUAGGGGGCAAUAAAACGGUUAUCUCGAACGAAGGCAACGAUAUUGCUGUGCCAUUAUGA